AACCAUGAAAGCUAAAAAUAUCUUUAAUUGACUUGCAGUUAUUACUUGCUUACUUAUGUUACUUAUGUUAACUUUUGAAGUUGUAGCCUUACCCCUGUCGUGGACGACCGACGUCAGUCACUUUUUCCUCUUCUUCUACUCCAUCUCUAGAGAGAGGAGUAUGAGGGUUAGAUCGAACUACAGUGACUAUGCUGUUUUCUGAGGCUUUAUUUGUCCGAGGAAUGGGAGGUUCAUCUGGGAGAGUUUUGAAAAACUUGUCAAAGGGCUGUUUUAAACUUAAAAACUCGACAUGAAGUGAUGCUUCUUAGAGACUUGGGCAGGGCGUUGAAGGUUCUUGGAGCUUGAUAACGGAAGCUGUUGUGUAGUUUAGUGAAGCUUGUGGAAUUGUUCAGCACCAGUGGUAGUUGAAAGAGAUGCCCUUUUCUUUGUGUUGCAUGGGUUUGCAUGGGCGUGUGAAGGUUUGGGACAAUGCCUUCAGCUAUUUUCCAACUGUAUAUGUCUUGAUAGCGUUCACAUUGUCUUUGUAACGAGUACAAUUUGAGCUGUUUAAGCGCGUUUAAGUGUACACAGUUGAUCUUUUUCAGGUAGCUCCAGUGCAGAGCUUCUAGUACCUUGAUUUGUCCUUUCCUAGCAGGAGACCAGAGUUGAGAGGAGUACUCAAGUCUAGGGAUGACAAGGGAUUUCCAUAUUGGUAGGAGAACUUCUGGUGAUCGCAAUCGAAAGAAUCCAGCUUACAAACACAUUAAAGAAAUUUCAUGACACAAUGAUGUUACCUGCUCAGAUUUAUUUGUAAGUUCAAAUAUUCAUCAAAACAUGAAGAAAUGAGGAAAAGCAAAGCUCCAAGUCAGGUUGAAAAUGUACUCAAACGGAAAAGUGUAGAAAAUGAUGACAACAGUGAUGAGGACUAUCAGCCAGAUGAAAGUAUUUCUUUGCCUAAGAAUAACAAGCGAUUAGUUAGCUACAAUACUGCAGAUUUUAUUUCUCCCUACCGAAAGCCACUUGCUGUGAUAUGCACUACAACCAAUGGAUCUUCAAUCAGUGGAAAAUGGUCAGCUCAUGAAGCUCUUAUUCAAAGUAUACUCUCCAAGCCAUUUAAAGUUCCCUUAAAAAACUUUCAAGGCUCAUUCCAUGGCCGAAGCUUGGGAAUGCGAAAACAAGUACACAAGUUAUGUGCAUAUGAUCCGUAUGAAGAAGGUGCACUUGUUUUGUAUCACCCACCGGAAAUUUCAGCACAUGAUAAAUUGAACCAAAAGAGUGAUGACCAGUUGGUGCACGUUGUGGUUGACCCGAUUUUGUCAAAAGUUCUGCGUCCUCAUCAAAGAGAGGGUGUGAAAUUUUUAUAUGACUGUGUCACUGGGAGAUGUAUUGAAAAUAACUAUGGUUGUAUUAUGGCUGAUGAAAUGGGUCUUGGUAAAACUCUUCAAUGCAUCACAUUAUUGUGGACUGUCCUUAAACAGAGCCCGUCAGGAAAACCAGAAGUGAAUAAAGCUAUCAUCGUCACACCAGCAAGUCUUGUUAAGAAUUGGGAUAAAGAAAUUGGCAAGUGGUUAAAAGGUCGUGUGCAAGCGUUUGCUAUUGAUAGUGGGACUAAAUCAGAAAUUGACCAGAAACUUUCUUCCUUUAUGGGUCAGCACCAAUUAAGAGCUCCCAUACCAAUACUUAUCAUUUCAUAUGAGACGUUUCGAUUACAUGCUGCUGUGUUGCACCGAUCACCGGUUGGGAUUGUGAUAUGCGAUGAGGGGCAUCGUUUAAAAAAUUUGGAGAAUCAGACUUACCAAGCAUUAAACUUGUUAAAAACAAGCAAAAGAAUUCUUCUCUCAGGUACACCAAUCCAAAACGAUCUUUUAGAAUACUUCAGUCUCGUUCAUUUUGUUAAUGGUGGUAUAUUAGGGACUGUGAACGAAUUUAAAAAGAAAUUUGAAAAUCCAAUCUUAAGAGGAAGAGAUGCUGGAGCUAGUGAUGAUGAGAAGAAAAAAGGAGAGGACAAGCUAACUGAGCUGCUGUCAAUUGUCAGCAAAUGUAUCAUUCGAAGGACAUCUGCUAUUCUUUCGAAGUACUUACCAGUAAAAGUUGAGCAGGUUGUCUUCUGCAAGUUAGCAGACGGACAACAGAAUAUGUACAAAGCAUUUGUCAAUUCAAAAGUUGUCCGCAUGGAAACAAAGGACGGGAAGUUGUCUGCAUCUUCAUUAGCUUUCAUCAACCAAAUAAAAAAGCUGUGCAAUCACCCUGAACUUAUAUUUGAUAAACACAAACUAUGCGAGGAUGGCCUGCAUGACAUUCUGGAAAUGUUUCCUACAAAUUUUAGUGUGAAGCAAUUCCAGCCGGAAUUAUCUGGAAAAAUGCAAGUUUUGGAUUUAAUACUUGCUGUAGUGAAGGCAACUUCCGAUGACAAGGUGGUUUUAGUUUCAAAUUACACACAAACCAUCGACCUGUUUGAAAAACUUGCUCGUUUGAGAGGCUAUCAAUUUGUUCGUCUUGAUGGUUCCAUGUCAAUAAAAAAGAGGAUGAAGAUUGUAGAUAAUUUUAAUGACCCCAACAGUAAUGUCUACUUGUUCAUGCUAAGCAGCAAAGCAGGUGGAUGUGGGCUAAAUUUGAUUGGUGCAAAUCGAUUGGUUAUGUUUGAUCCAGACUGGAAUCCAGCCAAUGACGAUCAAGCUAUGGCACGUGUUUGGAGGGAUGGGCAAAAGAAACAAGUAUUUAUAUAUCGUUUGCUUUCGACGGGUACUAUUGAAGAGAAAAUCAUUCAAAGACAAGCUCAUAAGAAAGCAUUGAGUAGUUGCGUAGUUGAUAAAGUGGAAGAUGUAGAAAGAUUGUUUACUGCUAAUGAUCUGAAAGAUUUGUUUCGAUACGAUGAAAACACGAAAAGUGAUACUCAUGACAGAUUCAAGUGUCGCCGUUGCGUAAACAACAUUCAAGUGAAGCCACCAGCUGAAGGAUCAGAUUGUACUAAUGAUCUCUCCAUGUGGAAUCAUUGUGCAACUUCGAAAGGAAUUGUGGAUGUCGUAUUGAAACGUGUGUGGGAUGCUGGGAUAUCUUUUGUUUUUCAUCAACGGUCACAUGAAGCUCAAAUAAAGGUCGUGUAAACAUUCCAUGAAUAUACUCACCUCCUGGUUGUUGUUUCUUCUGUAUCUUCAAACACCUUUUAAUAAUUUUAUUGUACAAGAUGAGAAGAGUUGGAGGUGUAUUAAAUUUAAUGUAUUUAUUUUUGUAAUUCUUUUUAACAAAUAGAUUAAUAUUAUUACA